GGCGUUACCGGAGCAACGAGCCUCUUGACAGAUGAUGAUCGACUUUUUGGAGAGGGCGAGCGGUAAACAGAGGAGCAGAAUGGCCGCCGUCGAUCAAUUCUCGUUCCUUUUCCAGGGCCUCAACCGCAACCUGCGGGCCGUAGAGGAGGUCCUGGCCAUCAUAGGGCUCCUCUACGUCAGCAAGAGCGCCUUCGCCUUGACGUGGAAGGUUUUGCAGGGAUUCCGGACGCAUGUGCUGGCGAGGGCCAGGCGACUUGACCUCAACAAGUACGGAAAGUGGGCAGUGGUGACUGGUGGCACGGAUGGCAUCGGCAAAGCCUACGCCCGGGAGCUGGCUCGGCGCGGCCUCAACAUCAUCAUCAUCAGCAGGAGCAAAGAAAAACUGGACAAAACGGCCAAAGAGAUAGAGGACGAGUUCAAGGUGCAGACGUUCGUGAUCCAGGCCGACUUCUCGAAGGGUCGCGAGAUCUACGAGGACAUCGAGAGGCAGCUCAAGGACAAGGAAAUCGGGAUCCUCAUUAACAAUGUGGGCUGCAUGUACGAAUACCCCCAGUGCUUCAUGAACGUUCCCGAACAGAAACUGUGGGACCUCAUCAACAUCAACAUUGCAUCUGUCACCAUGAUGACUUACAUCGUCAUUCCUCAGAUGAUACAGAGGAAGAAAGGCAUCAUAGUGAACAUGUCAUCCAUCUCCUCCUUUAACCCCCUGCCCCUCAUGGCUGUCUACUCUGCAUCCAAGGUGUACGUGGACUGGUUUUCCAGGGCCCUGUCCUAUGAAUACAAGGACGAGGGCGUGAUUGUGCAGAGUCUGGUGCCUUCCUAUAUCGCCACCUCCCUCGUUCGCUUCUCCAGCCUACUGCAGCGCCCCUCCUUCCUGGUGCCCGACCCGGAGCGGUUCGUGCGCAGCGCCAUCUGCACGCUGGGGGUGGCCGACAGGACCACCGGAUUUUGGUCCCACGGACUUCAGUACUGGAUGUACGAGCUGACCCCCAUCUCCCUCUGGUACCGCAUCUCCUGGUUCAUGCAGAAGAGCAUCGACAACCACGAUCGACAGGACAAGGACAAGCACACCUGAGGACACCCAGUAUUAUUUUCAUGUCCUUUUUUUUGUCAUCCCUCUUCUGUGAUACUGGAUCAAGAGAGUACUUAAUAUUUUUCAUCAUUUAUUGGACGUGUUUGACAUUGGAUUCCGGUUUAAUAAAGUUUAUAUUCAUUA